CUUACUGUAGCGGUGGAGAGAGCCGCGCGGUGUCUUAAAGCGUCUUGCACAUUCCAACCUUUGGGUCCACCACAGUGCGGAACGACGAGUGGUCGCUGAUUUGAAGAUUGACCACUCCGCACUUAAACAAUUCAUUGCAAGAAGUAACUGCGAUAUCAAGCGGGGCAGAAGUAUCCUUGCAGAACCCAAAUUUCACACACUGCGGUCAAGCCUGGUCCUUCGCGCUGUAAUUCAUUGCUGAAGUAUGCUCGUUGGGAAGCAAUGGCGCCCGUUUACUGCGGCCAGGGCGCCGACGGGUCGGCACGCCGGCCACGGUGCUUGCUCCCGGCGUCUGGUGGUCACAGCACAGGCCUCCGCCAAUGGCGACCGGAAGCAGCGCGUGGUAUUCCUGGGCACCCCUGAUGUUGCUGCGGGUGUGCUGCAGCAGCUGCUGACCGCAUCACAGCAGCCCGGGGCACAGUUCGAGGUGGCCAUGGUGGUCUCUCAGCCGGGCAAGCCGCGCGGCCGAGGCAACCGCGCCGUGGCCCAGCCCUCGCCCGUGGAGGCCCUGGCGCGGGACAGCGGCCUGCUGGCGCCCGAGGCCAUACUGUGCCCGGCGCGGGCCAAGGAGGAGUCCUUCCUGGCGGCGCUGUCGGAGCUGCAGCCCGACCUGGCGGUGACGGCGGCGUACGGCAACAUGCUGCCGCAGCGCUUCCUGGACACGCCCCGCCUCGGCACCCUCAACGUGCACCCCAGCCUGCUGCCGCGCUACCGGGGCGCCGCGCCCGUACAGCGCGCGCUGGAGGACGGUGUCAGGGAGACGGGCGUCAGUGUGGCCUACACGGUGCUGGCCUGUGACGCCGGGCCCGUGCUGGCGCAGCAAAGGGUGGCGGUGGACCCCGACAUCCAGGCGCCCGAGCUGCUGACUCAGCUGUUCGGACUGGGCACGCAGCUGCUGCUGGACCGGCUGCCGGACGUGUGGGCGGGCCGGGGGCAGCAGCUGGCGGUGCCGCAGGAUGAGAGCCAGGUGCUGCACGCCGCCAAGUUGGGCCGGGAGGAGUCGAUGCUGGACUUUGCUCGCGACAGUGCCGAGGUCACGCACAACCGGGUGCGGGGCUUCGCUGGCUGGCCCGGCACCAGCGCGCGCUUCGAGGUCACGGAUGAGGCGUCAGGUGCAUCAGAGGUGAUUGAGGUCAAGAUCCUGCGCACGCGGCUGCCCAGUCAGUCCCGCGGCGGCGCCGACAGCAGCGCCCCGGGGGCGGCGGGUGCCGCCAUCGUGUUUGAGGGUGACGCCAUGCUGGUGCCGUGUGCGUGCGGGGGGGUCCUGGAGGUGCUGCAGGUGCAGCCUCCCACUAAGAAGGCCAUGGCAGCCAAGGACUGGAAGAACGGCCUGCGUGGCAAGCGGCUGGCGCUGCCGGCCGAGCAGUCGCAGGUGCAGACGCAGCAGGCUGUGGCGGCGGCUUAGUGCUUCGGCUACUGGAGUACUGGAUGGGUAGCCGUUGCAGUAAGGAGGAGGUGGAGUGGGGAGUGGUUUGGUGGCGGAUUUGGUGGAUCGGGCUGGAUGCAGUGGAGGGAUGCGGACUGCCAUGGGGGCCGCAGGUUAGCAGUGCGCAAAUUUUGAUAUCAAUGCGCGGCUUCGGUGGGGUAUGACCGCACGUGCGGAGAAUGCGGGAGAGGCGAUGGGAGCCUGGAAGGUUUAGAAGGUUGCCGCGCGACAUGGAAGAUGGGACGGAACAACCGUUGAUUUUGGGACAAACUCGGGCUCGUGAAGUAAGUGUAAUUAGUCAAAGUUACGUUCUUUAGCUUACUGCGAUCGCUUAUGAUAAAGACCUUCGCACUUUGCGGUCGAAAUCUUCUGUUCGUGAUGCGUGCUGGAAAGCAGCAUAUAUGAACGUUAGUCGUCCCCUUAACAUGCUACCAUCUG